AUGAAAAAUUUUAUCCCUGACGGUGAAUUGCUCGCUUCUGUCGGCUCUGAGCCCGACUACUUGAUGAGCAUUUGGAAUUGGCGAUCAGAGCAGAUUAUUCUAAGAGCCAAAGCCUUUUCGCAAGACAUCUUUCGCGUCGCUUGGUCUAGUGAGCUGCCCGGUGUACUAACCAGUGCCGGAAUUGGUCACAUACGCUUUUGGAGAAUGGCAGACACUUUCACAGGCCUCAAGUUGCAAGGCAAUCUUGGCAAGUUUGGCAAAAUCGAGUUGUCCGAUAUCGAAGGCUUCGUCAUCCUGCCCGAUGGGAAGGUGUUGUCUGGCUGUGAGUGGGGCAAUAUGCUGGUCUGGGAGGGUGACUUAAUCAAGGUGCAAAUCGCACGCAAGGGUCACCGACCCUGUCACCAACGCGAGAUCAUGCAAAUCAUCAUGGAUGAGGGUGAGCUGAUGACGAUUGGGCGAGACGGCUGGAUCCGGACCUGGGACUUUGAAACCAUCGACACCGCCGAAUGUACAGAAGAGGGUGGAAUUUAUGAAAUGGAGCCAAUGAAUGAAUGCCACAUUCGAUCGGACGUUCAACUUAUGCAUAUGGUAAAGUCGCUUGACUCAGACUCAACAAUGUGGUAUGCUCAGGUGAGACAGUGA